AUGGACCCCGAAGGAAUGCAUGGAGACGUGCAGUUUCUAGUGUUGAAAGCGGCAGAAAACAACAAACUUCCCGUAAACCCGUUUAUCGUGUCCAAAUCAAUAGACCGUGCCGUAGGACGCAUAGAUGGUGCUAAUCCAAUCAACGACGGGGAAGCUUAUUUGCUCAAGAUAAGAAGCCCCAAUCAAGCAAAUAAACUUCAAAAUCUAUCCGAACUGAUCGAUGGAACGAAGAUAAACAUAGCGUGCCACCCCACCCUCAACACAUGCCAAAGAGUCGUUUCCUGUCGGGAGGUUAUUGACCUCUCGGACCAAGAAAUCCAAGAAAACCUUGCCGAUCAGGGAGUAACAAAAGUUUAUCGCUUCAUUAAAAAGGUUGACGGGGAAGGGGAUUCCACCGGGAUACAACUGGUACGAAAAAGCAUCUUCAAACAUUGGAGCCACUUGUCUAUGCAAACUCCCAUUUGUCUCGACAUAUUUUGGGAAAUGGUAGAGUUCUGUAUGGACAGCAGCUAUUUUUGCUUCAACAACACUUUCUACCAGCAAACCUCAGGACUCGCGAUGGGAAGCCCGAUAGCAUCACCAAUCGCCGAGCUCACGUUAAACGAUCUACUGGACGACGCAAUCGAAGCUUGCGUUACGCCACCCCUGCACAUAAAAAAAUACGUCGACGAUCUCUUCCUUGUCCUGCCGCCAACACAAGUGAACGAGAUAAAAAACGUAUUCAAUGCGCAGCAUGAAAAUGUCCAGUUUACCGUCGAAAUGGAAGAGAACGAAUCUCUACCUUUUCUGGAUAUGUUACUCCAUAGGAACGAAGAGGGAUGCACAAUCGUUAAAUUAAAACAACGAAUGUCACAGCAUAAAACGCAAACCAACGAGCUGAAACGACUAUGGGAAAAAGGAUACACAAACGAGGACUACGCAAUCAUCCAACUACGACAACAGACAGCAUUAAUAGAACACGAAGCAGCUAUGCAUCAUCUAUUCGAUAUAGACAAAGUGAAAAUUAUCGACAGAGGUGACAAUCAAGAUAAACUAAAUAUAUGGUUGCGGGCCGAUGAAGUAGCCGAAAACGCGACCGCAGAAAAUACAGGAACAUUUGGAAAGCUAAAACAAACUUUGUCUUCAUCACUUCUGACUGCACAAGAUAGAGUAAAUAAAAUGUCUCCUAGACCUUCGCUAGUUCCAGAGACAAGCGACUUGACCAUUGGAAGUGUUCCAUCAGUAACAAAUCAUUCUACAGUCAACAAUGCUGACGUUAAUAAAUACAAUCAAGGCCGAUCAGGAUCAUGUAGAAUUUGCUUGAAAGGGUUUAAGCAACAUGAAUUCAGUAAAACAUGCACAGAAUGUGAUCAGAAGGUUUGUGAAGAUUGUGCUAGUUACAGCAAACAUGAAAGCAGUGAAACAAUGGUUUCAUGGCGCUGUAGUGUUUGUCGCAGGAAAACUGCUUCCAGAAUAUUUUUACCUCAAGAAUCCACCGACUCAAUUCUUGAAGUUCCAUUGUUAGAAUCAUUACAGAGACGCCACUCCGAUGUAAAGCUUGGCUUAUCUUCACAAUGUUUAGGGACUGGCAACAGUAUAGCUUUAGCGCCUCCGAGAAGUCCUGAAUUAAGAAGGCAUUCUGAUGUUUCUCCUGCUUCUUUGAAAGAACUCGAAAAACUUAAAGUCACAAAAAGUUCGGAUACAGAAUGGAGAAGGGAUCACAGUGCGGCUCCAAGUCGGUCCGCAAGUCCCCCAAGACGCACCGAUUUAGAAUCAGCUGCAUCCAGGAUUGCCUCAAGAAGACCAUCGAUGCGCAUGCCAAGACAGCGUAGUUACGAUGAAGAAAUUAAAUCAAUUCAGCAUGAAUGUAACACAAAAGAAUCUGGCUUAAUUCUGCCUGCACCGAUGCCCCGAAGAAAAUCUGCUUAUGAUGUUUUUGCUCCCGGAGCGACAGGCGCUGUAAUCCCCACUGUCAAUGAUUUAGAUUCACAGGGACAAAGAAAACCCCCUUUCAAAAUGGCUUCUUCCACGAACGAUACAGAUGAAGAGACCACAUCCGAUAAUUUACUGCAGACAGGCUUAUCAACGGAAGAUGAGAAGCGGAACAAAAGGAGGGGAUCCCAAUUGCCUGACAUACCUGCUUUUAAAAGCAACCAAAAUAAUGCAAUCGUACCUAUAUAUCAAUGUCCUGCAUUGGAAGAUUUGGAGGCUCCUAGAAGACAAACUUCAUUAGAUGGAGAUGCUAUAAAAAUUGUUAUUCAAGAUGUAGAUUCUGGACCGCUGUGCGCUUCAAAAAGACGGAUCGUAUUGCAUAAAGACCCAGGAGAUAAAGCACACAGAACCCGUGGCUUUGGAAUGCGUGUUGUUGGUGGAAAAACUGGAACAGACGGAAAGUUGUUCGCAUACAUAGUAUGGACUGUACCAGGAGGGCCGGCCGAGAAAGGUGGAUUACAACAAGGAGACAAAAUUUUAGAAUGGAGUGGAACCUCAUUGGUUGAUCGCAGUUUCGAAGAGGUUUGCGCUAUAAUGGACCGAAAUUUGGAUGUUAUUGAACUGCUUGUGGAGCAUGCCACUGACUAUAGAAUGUGCGACUUAUUAGAUGAUGGAACCACCGGGAACUCUACCAUUCAAUCGAAGAUUCCGGAAGCAUCAAACCUUGGAUCCAACUUAUCUGAAAACGAUACUGAUAAAUCACCUUCAUCGCCUACAAGACGCAAGCUCCCUAAAACACCGGAACAACUGCAAAAAGAAAAACAAAUUUGCGGCCGUGUUCAAAUUCAAGUGUGGUACCAUGGAGAUAAGAAUGAAUUAGUCGUAUCGUUGAUGGCCGGCGAUCACCUACCCCCACGUGAUGAAACAUCUGGUUAUGGCGUACUACCUGAAGCGUUCGCAACAAUUGAAAUUCUUCCGAGAAUCGACUCUAACAUUGCUCAAACCGAAGUUUCGUCUCCUUCCCUCAAUCCGAUAUGGAAUGCAACGAUAUCUUUCAAGAAUAUAACUAACGAUUCACUACUGGACCAGUACAUAGAAGUUGUGCUCUAUGAUUUACUUCCUCAGUCUGAACCAGUGUUCUUAGGAGAAUGUAAAGUUGAACUACAAAAAGCUUUUUUAGAUGACAUUGCAGUAUGGUAUCGACUGGAAGAUCCUAAACAACUUCGAGGAGUUCCGGCAAAGCGAAAGUGGUCGUCACCUAGAAAUUCCAUAUCUGGUGAUGUUACAAAGCUUAUCAGAGCUGCUGAUUACCGCUUCCAAAGAUCGGUUUCUGAUGAUGUAGAUAGUAAUGUAGAUGGAAGCUCAUUGUUACAUCCUGAUCAUGCUUUAAUAUUCAACAGAAGAGGUUCUUCACAAUCAGAAACAAUCGAAAUCGAAACUUAUCACGUGGGUAAAGAUUUCUCAAAAUCUUUACCGGGCUCUCGACGAUCAUCUUUCCAAGAUCAAGACAAACUAAAAUGUAAUGCCAUGUCGACAAAUUCUCGACGAAGGUCAUCAACAUCCAAAAAAUAUUCUGAUGAUAUUAAGCGUGAUUUCAACAAUUUCAGAGCAGAAUUUACGCGAACCAUGAGCUUAUCUCGCGAGUUGGAACAAAAGCACUCAAGGAGAUUCUUCAAUCAAUGCUCUAACGAUGAACCACACACACCUAUAGAACAUGUGAUGCCCCGCGUCGAGAAUAAAAAUGAAAUUUCUGGCGAUCCAAACAUUGAUCCAAGUUUCGUACCGGGCGUAAGAAAUUUGGGUCCAGGUCAGAUUCCCCCAAAAACUGGUUCCAACAAAACAACUUGCGUCGGAGAAUUAUGCAUUUCUGUAAAUGUAGACAAAACAUCGCUGCAUUUAAAGGUUAUUGGAGCCAGAAAACUGAAAUCGAAAUACAUUGGCGUUACAUUAGACACAUACGUAAAGUGCUAUCUUAGAGAUGGAGACCGACUACGACACAAAAAAAAGAGUAAAGUAUUUCAAAAUGCGCUAGAACCCAUGUUCAAUCACGUUUUCAAAUAUUCGAUUCCGGAUUUGUUUGGUCGAACCAUACUUGUAACUGUAUGGCAGAAAACUGCAGGAUUUGAACAUAAUCUACAUAUUGGAGGAAUAGAACUAUUCUUUAAUGUAUAUAAAUUGAAAUCUUCCAUAGAAUACUGGUAUCCUUUAUAUCCACCGCAUCAAGUACUUCUUACACAAAUUAAUUCCCCAUGAACUGAUACAACAUAUUUUUAUUUCAAUGAUGAAUAAAAAUAACAAUUAUUCAGGAAAUAA